AUGGGGCAUAGGGCAUAGCUUGUUUGGAUGCAUUGGAUGCUUGGUAUGGCGUUGCGGUGCGGUGCGGUCGAUUCAUUAUUCUUCUUUUCUUCCUUCCUUUUCUUCUUUUGUAUUCAUUCUGUGAACAGAGCCCGGACGGAAGUCGUCCCUUUGCUAGAUGAAGAUGAAGACGCGCUAGGCAUCAAGUUCACGUCUCCUUUCGACCUACAUAGAUACUUCCCCACUCAUUCAUUCAUUCUUUCUUUCUUUCAGCCAGAAGAGGUAUAUCAAUAAAC